UUGCAAGGUUACCUUGGCUUUGUGACAGAACAACUCCAAGACCGAUAUUAGACGCAUCCACCUCAAAUAUGAACAGCAGAUCAGGAUCAGGGUGUCUGUUUAACAAAACUCGGUCUAUAACUAAUGUGUAACAGCCUAUUUCAUCGACGUAAUUACACACUGCGAAACAGCGCUGACGUUAUCGCUGAGGUUAAGUUUGGCAGCACUUAUACAUUACAGAUGGCUGAGAAUCGCAGACUUUCUAGUGCUAGUGUUGACAGCAGUGCCACUGAUCACAGCAUGGAUCAACCAUCUAGUUUGACCAGAGUGUUAAAAAAACAUGGAUACACCAAGCAGAAAGAACUUGGACAAGGGAUUUCAGGAAAAGUGUUUCUGAUUACUGACACAGAUGGAGAUCGCUAUGUGGUCAAACAGAUGAAUUCAAGAGAUAGGAAGGAGCUGGACAGAGUGCAACAGGAAAUCAAUAUCUUGAAGAAAAUAAACUUCGGAUAUAUUGUUUCUUAUGUGGAUUCUUUUGAAGAUAAAGAAGCUGAACUCUUUUAUAUUGUGAUGGAGUAUUGUGCAGGUGGAAAUCUUAAUGAAAGGAUGAAAUUACAGAAAGAGAGAGCUGUUGUUUUUGAAGAACAAGAGAUUCUUGACUGGUUCGUUCAGAUUUGUCUGGCACUGCAGUAUAUUCAUGAUGAGAGGAGGAAUAUUUUUCACAGAGAUAUCAGUCCUCAGAAUAUUUUUCUGACUGAAGAUGGGUACAUCAAUCUAGGGGAUUUUGGAUACUCAAAAGUGCAGAAAAGAGCACAUUUUUAUCAAUGCUCAGUUAGAGGUGCAGAGCUCUAUCAGAGCCCAGAAGUCGAUGAGAACAUGUAUACUUCAAAAAGUGAAAUUUAUUCACUGGGAUGGGUGCUCCAUGAUCUCUGCAUGUUGGAUGUGUGGUCAGAUGUUAAAAAACGUCGCUUUCAAAAAGCCUCCCACGAUGUGGGACACCUCCUUCAGUUCUCAAAUAUAUAUUCUUCAGAGCUAAAGGAAUUAAUCGAAGACAUGCUCAGUUGUGACCCUACAACCAGACCUUCAGUUGAUGACAUUUUAGCAAAACCAUUCUUAAAAGGUGUUGUAAACAGACACAAGAUGAUUCCAGAAGCACUGAAUAAAAGGUUCAUGAAGUCCUUACAGAUUUUUGAUGAGGCCUACAAAGAGCACUACGAUCAAUUUACAGCUUUAGUUAAAGAGUGGGGAGAAACCGAUUCACUUGAGAAGGUGCAUCAUAAAUGUACAGCAGGUGCUCUGUCCGGUUCAGUGAUUGGAGCAGCUGGAGGAAUCACCGCAGUGGUUGGUGCAGUUUUGGCGCCUUACUUUGGAGCCUCUCUGAUCGUCACGGGUGUUGGUGUUGGAGUUGGAGUUGCAGGUGGUGUAACAGGUGCUGCUUCCAGCAUUACCAAUACGGUCAAACAAAAGUCACUCCGUGAGAACAUUGAAAAAAUACAGCAGGGCUUUACAGAUGUAACACCAGUUCUCGAAUCACUGAAUUCAGUGAGAAAGGUACUUAGAGUAAUCCAACAAUUCAAGGAUUUUGUCAGUGACUCGUCGGACAAUGUGCAAAUGUCACACAGUGUAGAGAAAAUAAAAUCAGUGUGUGCCAUUGAACUUAUGAAUCUACUUCUGCUAGCAAAUGUCGGCAGGUUUGCUGCUCAAACUGCCAGAGUAGGACGAGCUGCAGCAGCAGCAACAGCUGCGGUGACAGGAGUGUUGAGUGGAAUCCUAGUCAUUGUUGACACCGUCUUCAUAGUGAAAGACUCCAUAGACAUUCACCAGAUGAGAAAGGGAAAAGUAGAUGAUCCAAAAAAUGUUAAGUCGAGUUUACUUAAGUCCAUUGCUGAAAUGAGGAAAGCGCACAAAGAUCUUUGCAAUGUCUUAAAGGAAAUUAAAGACACAAGAGACGAACUAAACGACUAUAUAGAAGUGGCCAGGCUUGAAAGAGAUUUAUACAGAGACUUUGAGAGUUUAAACAUAUAAAUGUUAUGAUAGCAGACUUAUGCAACAUCCUAGAUUUGUCUAUAAGCCUUAGUGGAGAAAAUGGUCUAUCGCCCUGUUUGGACGGGACUUGUUUUACAGGGGGUCGUUAGCGAAAUUUGUGUUUCACAAGCCCUAUUCGGGAUUAAUAUUAUCUAGGGAUGUUGUGCGAUCUAGGCCCAUGUGAAUAUAGCUCUAAAUGCACUUGGUGAUUUUUAAUAUUCCAAAGGAAAAUCUACUGAAAAUCAAACUAAUCCCAUUUGAUUGCGAUGUCUGUGAUUUCUGGUGAUUUUUAAAUGUGUUUUUCACAACACAUUUUUCCUUGUUUGUUUUGACCAAUGUGAAUUGGCCAAAUUGGAAUUGGAACGUGAGCACAUGUUUGAUCUAAUAAUGUAAAAAAGGGGACAUUAAAAUCAAGAGGUUGAUCACAACAACUCAGUCAGGUACAAAUAGCAGUCAAACGAUAGAUGUAUCACGUAGGGGGUCAGACUUUUGCAAUGAUUCUAUACUGUAAAUAUUAGCUUAUAUAUCAAAAGCUUUUAAUAUAAAAAGAUGGUGCACUCCAGUUGAAUAGUAUGGGAAUAUAUUGGACUUAAUGUUUAAUAGAUGCCCACACAAUAAAUUUAUGCAUGUAUCUUACUAACCACAAAUGCCUUUUAAUUUGAUUCUGUGAAUUUCUGUAUUAAAUGAUUGAGCAGCAUGUUUGCAAAUAAAAAUGUUCUGUUCUGCAUUAAAAUAUCAUAGAUGAUCA